AUGGCAGGGUCAAGCACUGUUGAGCUUCGCACGCCAGUUUUCAAUGGAGAAAACUACGAGUUUUGGAGCAUUCGAAUGAAAACCAUUUUGAAAUCUCAUGGGUUGUGGGAUUUGGUUGAAAAUCUUUUUGAUGUUUCAGAUCCAAAGAAGGGAAAGGAAAAAGAAGAAGGAUCUAAGGCUGCUGAAGUGGAGAAGUCUACGAUGGCUGAGAUUUUGAUGAAGGAUGCUUGUGCACUUGGAUUGAUCCAAAGUGCAGUCUCAGACCAAAUCUUCCCCAGAAUAGUGAAUGAAGAAACCUCAAAGGGUGCUUGGGGUAUUCUAAAGCAGGAGUUUAGAGGCGAUAAACAGGUACGAAGUGUUAAGUUGCAAGGUUUACGUAGAGAGUUUGAAUAUACUCGUAUGAAGGAUAGUGAACCAUUGUCUGUUUAUAUCGCUAAACUGUUUGAUUUAAUUAAUCAAAUGAUGAGUUAUGGUGAAGAGUUGUCCAGAGAAAGAGUUGUGCAGAAAUUGCUGAUUAGCUUGCCUAGAUCAUAUGAUUAUAUAUGCUCUGUGAUUGAGCAUUCUAAGGACCUUGACACUCUUGAAGUUCAAGAAGUGGUUGCAUCUCUGAAGAACUUUAAGCUCAGAUUGGAUAGGCAUACUAAAACCUCCACAGAAAGGGCUUUUACUAGCCUGAAUAUAAAGAGUAAAAACUCUAAGAGUGGAAGCUCUUCUGGAAAUCACAAAUCUCAGAAGAACUAG